AUGAACAAACAUUUGGAAAAUGUAAUACCUGAUGAAAAAGAGUACAAAGAAGAAUGUUUAUUUACAUCCAUUGAUAUAUUUAGUGGGCCACAUCAUUAUUUAAAUUUUUAUUAUAUUUGUGAAAUAGUUUUUAAUGAUUUUAAUUUUAUAUCCCCCUAUCACUGUUAUUUCUUUUUAAGAAAUAAAUAUGAGAAUAUAGAAAAGAUUGAGAGUAAUUUUGUGCAAAACACUGAUUUCACUUCUUCCAACUAUAACCAUGUGAAACUAAUAAAUGAAAAAAAAGCAAUUGAACUAUUCCAAAAUGAUGCUACAAUAUAUUAUGACGAAAAGGAGUUAACAGAAGAGAAGCGAAACUCGCUUGAGAUCGUCGUUGAUGUUAUAAACAAGUUGACAAUCCCCGAUUUAAUGUGGGUUUCGCAGUACCUAAGUGAGAACCCUGAAUGGAAUAAGAACAAGUUAACAUGGAUGGAGAUGAUACAACGAGAUAAAUUUCGAAGAUACGAAACUAUGAGAGAUAAUUUAAAAGAAACGGGUAGUCGUGAAAUAAUAUAUAAGGUAAAUACUGAAGAUGCGGAAAAAGUCGAAAAUAAAAAUAUGAUAAAAGAUUUUUUCUUUUUUGGUGUCCUUGAAAGAAAAGGACAAAAUAAGUUGGGUAGAAUUUAUAUGAACAUAAGAAAUGAUUUAUUAAAAAAUACGGAAAUAUAUACUUGGCUGAUAACAAACUGUAAUAUGCAAACAGAUAAAAAUUUAGUGGCAGAUAUUGGUAUAGAGGAAAAAUAUUAUGAAAAGAAAAUUGUUGAGAGUAAUGAUAUUUGUUAUAACGAUACAUUAAUUGAAGAAACGAAAAAAGAAAUUUCAGAAACCCUUAGUUGUAGGAUGUCUAAUAGUUUUACAAUUGAAGAGAAAACUCAAAAUUAUUUUUUUGAAAAAAAAGUAUAUAUAUCAUUCGGGAAAAAUGAUCAUAAUGAUAUUAUCUGUUUAAAUCCAUCUAUAUCCAGAUUCCACUGUGUCUUGUUUUUUUCUAAAGAUUAUCAUCUCUACUUAGUAGAUGUAGGAUCGAAAUCUAGAACAAGAUUAAAUAAUACCCUAUGUGAUAUUCAUAAAAAAUAUAAAAUUCGAAAUCAGGAUAUUAUUAGUUUAGGAGUAUCUAAAAGAACAUAUAAAAUUAGGAUAUAUAUUGACAAUGUUUUAUCUUAUCUAGAUAAGAAAAAGAAUGAAAUUAAUCAAAAAAUGAAAAUAAUGAAUGAAGAAAUAGAAAAUCCGUUGAAAGCAAAAAAUAUGCUCAAAUUAAAAGUCUCUAAUAUUUACUAUAAAUGUAAUGAAAAUGAUAUCGUGGAUUUUUUUAAAGAUUGUGGUCAAAUUAAAAAGGUACAACUUUAUAAUUUGUCAGCUAAAAAAAUGUUCAACAGUAGUUGGGGUACAGGGGCAGCUAGUGAUGGUACCCACAAGGGUAACACCGAUCGUAAUAACUGUGCAAACCUCUCGAAGCGAAAGUUUUUAAAAGAAGCCAUAAUUGAUGUUUAUGAUGAACAAACUUCAGCUAAAAUUUUUCAAAAAAACGAUAUGUUUUUUUAUGGGAGGAAAAUAUAUAUUACCUAUUUACCCCUGGAAAAACACAAAUCGCGUGGUUUCAAUUUUAAUAAAAAAAAAGAGGAAAAAUCAAAUAUUCAAAUUACAUACAAAAGUAGCAAACAUAGUGGCGAUAGGAUUAUACUAUCAAGUGAAAGGAUUAAUUAUAGAAAAAAUAAAAAUGAAAAAAUAUAUACCAAAAGAAAUCAUAACAUGCGCAGGGGGGAUGAUGAAAAGGCGGAAAUCAGGUGCCAUAGGAAUUACACAAGUCGCAAAAUUGGCUUGAAGGAAAGACAUAGGGGGGGCAGUGCUCGGAGGAGAACCAAUAGGAGUUGCAGAAGAGGGGAAAGCAGCAGCAGCAGCAGCAGGAGUAGGAGUAGGAGGAGAAGUGAGAGUAGUGGGAGGAGUGCAGAUAAUAGGAGAAGUGCAAGUAAUAGGAGAAGUGCAAGUAGUAGGAGAAGUGAAAGUAGUAGGAGAAGUGCAAGUAAUAGGAGAAGUGCAAGUAAUAGGAGAAGUGCAAGUAAUAGGAGAAGUGCAAGUAGUAGGAGAAGUGAAAGUAGUAGGAGAAGUGCAAGUAAUAGGAGAAGUGCAAGUAAUAGGAGAAGUGUAAGUUGUAGGAGAAGUGCAAGUAGUAGGAGUAGUGCAAGUAGUAGGAGAUGUGCAAGUAGUAGGAGUAGUGCAAGUAGUAGGAGAUGUGCAAGUAAUAGGAGAAGUGUAAGUAGUAGGAGUAGUGAUGGUGAAAAUAGUAGUAGAGGUAGAUGUGGGAGUAGUAGACGCAGGGACAAACGAAGGAAAAACAAGCAAAGCAGGCUAAGAAAAAGAUUUGGGGAAGCUCAUAAAUAUAGAAUGCGAAGCAUAGGUAGGAAAACGGAAAACAUUAAUUCCACUAGAAAAAGGAAUAACAAGGGUAGUACAAGUACGGCUAGUGAAAGAAAUAGCUCUUAUGAAAGAUAUAUAAAUAAAAAACUAAUGGGAACAAAAAGGUGCAAAUUAUGA